AUGACUAGCCAUGUGUCUCAAACGGCUACUGAGGACUGGAGGUACAUCGCAGAAGGCGGAUCAACCAUCGUCUUUUCUUAUAACGGUCCCGUACAUUCGUCGCUCGACAACAAAGUCCUGCGACUGCGCAAGAUUUCGAUCAGCGUAGGUCCUGUUGGGCGACCGAAAGGCCUCGACGAUCCUGCCUUCGCAUUUCAGCAGAGGGUCAUCCUCCGGCUUGUUCCAGACGAAUCCCUGCCUCAUCUGGAAGUCGUGAAGGUUGAAAAGAAGUGGCUUCGACUCCUUGCCGACGCGGCCGAGGCGAACCGUCCUGAGGUGAGGCGGGCGGAGGAUAGGAUUGACUGGGACAGGGAGACAGCUGUGCUCGCCGACAAUCUCAUCGGGGGUUCGGGUCUAGCGGUCGAAAUAAAGCCGAAGUGGGGCUUCCUCCCGUGUCCCGACUACCUCUCUCCGACCACUCGCCGUAUCAAGACGCGUACCUGCCGCUUCUGUAUGCAUGCGUACCACAAAGACGCCGCAGAAAAGCAUGUGCCAUCCGCUUUUUGUCCUCUCGACUUGUACUCAGGGGAAGAGCAUCGUGUCCGUGUCGCGUUGCACGCCCUGUGGGAUGCGUGGAUGCAAACAGAUGGUGGUAUAAACAAUCUCAGGAUCUUCGCAAGCGGACGCGUCCUGCGGCCGACUACAGACGUAUGUCUAUCGCGCUCGCUACUCACGUCCACCGAAUCGACGACUUCUCAUUCAUCGGUGGAUGCACUUCGCAUAGAGUUCAUCAAUGCGCUCCUUCCAACCCUCAUGACCACUCGCAUCCUACGCCUUCUCUCGUUUCUCCAGCGCACUCUCGAUCCCCUCGACAUCGAAGGUGUCGCCGCUCUUUGGGCGCGCAUACACGGAGAUAAGGAUGCGGAUGCGCCUCUUGGCCUCGGUGAAGGCGUUCCGGAGCCCACUCUGGAUGAGUGGACACGGUUCGUCGAUGCGUAUCUUGCAACAUCUCAAACCCGGACCAACACUUGCGCAGUAGAGUCCGAUCCAGUGGCAGACCGGGAAGAACUCAGGUACUACUGCCUGGCUUACCUCCUGUCAGCGACGUUCAAGGACUGCUCCGUGGUCAUUCGUGCGGGAUCUCAUCCCGGCCCCGAAACGCUGGACACUGCAGCCGAUGGCCAGGAAGAGCAUCAGGACGCGCACACUUGUCGGAAGACGACAUCGGAAGUGAAGCUCAUCGACCUCGAUGUGAAGAGCAUCAAGCGCCUGGCGAAGUGGGAGAAACUGGACAGAGAGAUCGUAACCGCAUAUGCGCAGGUAGAGACUCCCCGGACUUGUAGGGACUCGCUCGCUGUGAUGCGAAGAUUCCCUUAG